UCGAUGUCGAUUUAUGCGCUUUGGAUUUACCAAGCGUGUUUAUGGUCGGAAAUAGGAGAGGGCGCCAGGGGAUAGCUGUGGUGCAAUUGGACAUAAAUAUGUGUGAAUUACAUUCGCUGGUUCGGUUUUCGUUUUCGUGUGAAAUGUAGUCAUUACUUAAGAUGAUAGCUUGGCUUGGACAGAAGUUCUGUCGCUUGCUUAGGAAGCCACCUGUCUUGGCUGUCAUAUUGUUACUGUCCCUGGUAUAUUGCUUAGUGAAUUUAUUUGAUCAGAAGAUGUUGGGUCUGGUCAGCGACCCAGACGAUGCUGUCCCGGUGCCCAUCGACCCGGCGCUGAUCCUGCAGCCGGAGGACGGCGCCAACAGCUCCGACACCGACCCGCACGGUCUGAGCUGCCGCAACUCUGUGCAGGGCGUCGCCCUCAUCGCUGACGAUCGAGGUCACGUGUGCGAGCGACAGCACCUGGAGACGACCGGCUGCUGCGACCAGGAGGCGGCCUCGACGCGCCGCUUCCUGUGCGAGUCGUGCUCGCAGGAGGGCUGCUGCAGCGUGUACGAACACUGCAUCUCCUGCUGCCUGCACCCGGACAAGAAGCCGCUUCUGCACAGCGUGCUGGGCAAGGCCUCACAUCGCUUCAACCUGCUGUUCUCGUCUGUGACGGACCACUUCGAGCUGUGUCUGACCAAGUGUCGCACGAGCUCGCAGAGCGUGCGCCACCAGAACGUCUACCGCAACACGAAGGUGAAGUUCUGCUACGGCGAGAGCGCCCCUCCGCUGGACGGCUCCGACUGACGUCGGCAGCGUGCGCCAGCUCGAGACCUUCCACGGACAGUGUUCAUCCGCGUGACUCGAUGGCGUUGGUAAGCUGGGGCUGCCGGUCCCCAUGGCGGUGCAUCGCUGCCCACGCCGCCCUCCAUCCGCCGCCGCGCCGGCGUGUCCUGGGGUGGCGGGUAGCUGGUGCCCGGGGCUGGCUGGCGGUGGCGGUCCUGUGAUGACGUCAUCGCCUCGUAAGCAGUCCCAGCUGGCUGCAGACGCCGUGCGAGGCUCGGGCGCCUUCCCCGCUCGGUUGGUGAUCUGUGCCAAAGUUUUACAUGACAUGCGGCACGCGCUAAGGUGUCGCGCUUCCGCCAGGACCGCGGACUGCGCUGAUUUUAGGCUGCUGUAGCUAGGAAUUGGAUGGUGGUUUGCGCCUCUUUACACGAAUCUUACGAGAGAAUCGUGCACAGUUUACAACGUGUGCCCUUAGUGUGUUUCACGCGCACGUGAAAUGAUUUUAUGUGUCUGCAGAAGACACUACUUUUAUUAAAUGCAGAGCUUACCUAAGUUAAGUCGAAUCCACAUACGUCGUUUUGUGAUAGCGUUUGGAUGACGGAAUCGACAAAUGUCAAUCCAGUAAGUGUUAACUGAGAUCACCUUCGUUAGCUGUACUUGCUCCGUAAACAUGUUUUACUUACCAGCACCUCAUGACUGUCACUGCAUCCACGGCGUACCAGCCCUCGCGUCGCCUGAUCGUUCUGUCCGCCGGCCAACACGUCACGUCUCGCUCACUCACCCCACCACCGCACGCCUGGUGCGAGCCUAUGAUCUGAGGGACGCCUGCGCCUGCACCUCGUGCGUCGCUCACACGUGCACGGUCCGAUGAGUGUCGCACGUGCGCCUGCACCUCGUGCGUCGCUCACACGCGCUGGGCCCGGUUAGUGUCGCACGCCCCCCGCCCCUCCCCCCCCCCCCCUGCACUUGGCUGCGAAACUUCGCGGUCUCACCGGCGUCUCUUCAGGUGCACUGAGGAGGGGGCGUGCUCACCCAGUGUGUUGGGACCGCAGAACAGCUGUUGUUCCCCGAUGUCAGGUGGUGUGUUGCGCAGGACUUCUCGUCCGCAGCCACAUGUGAUUGCAGGGGGGGGGGGG